AUGCCUUCAGAUCCUAUCCAGUUCAUGCGGACUUCUGGCUGCCACGACCCUGUUUGGGUCCACCUCGAACCAUAUUCAGAUCGCCCUCAGUUCCCUCAACUGGACCAGGAUUUGGAGACCGAUGUCUGCAUCGUCGGAUCUGGUAUCUCAGGCAUCUCGACCGCGGAACAGCUUGUGAGAAGAGGAUUGAAUGUUGUGAUGCUCGAGGCAAGAGAUAUACUCUCAGGGGAGACUGGUCGAACAUCAGGUCACUUGUCAUCAGAUCUCGAUGACGGCUACGUGGCUAUCAAGAAGCUUUUUGGUGCGGACGGAGCAAAACAUGCGGCCGAAUCACACGACUGGGCUCUUAAGCAUGUUGGGGAGGUCUCAAAAGAGCUCGGGAUAGACUGCGAAUACCGCAUGCUCCCGGCAUAUGACCUCUCCCAGUAUCCCGUGGGCACCAAGGAACAUGACCAUGACAUGGUGGAUCUGAAGAAAGAGUCUGCCCUGCAAAAGGAGCUCGGUCUCGAUGCGAGAUACGACGAGAGCCUCACCGUCAAAGGCUGGAGUGGAAAACCAGAUCAACGGGGCGGAGCAAUUGUUGGCCGCCAAGCAACCUUCCACCCUACCAAAUACUUGGUGGGAGUGCUGAAGUGGCUCAAGGAGCAGCCCAACUUUCAAUGUUACAUACAUACACGCGUGGUCGACUGUGCCGAAAGCGGCAUUCAUGUGCCCUUGGUGAACGUCCACCUGGGUCCGAAGAAUGUGACCGUCUCGACUCUGAAUGGCCAUACCGUCAAAUGCAGCCACGCCGUGCAAGCCACUUGCGUACCCCUGCAGAAGCUCAGUAUCAUCGCCGAAAUGGAGUACAACCGUACCUACUGUAUCGCAAUCCGCAUUCCGACAGGAACUGUCGAAGAUUGUCUGAUCUAUGACUCGGCUGAUCCAUACAAGUACAUCCGCAUGACUGCCUGCGAUGAGCAGGACCACUACAUGGUGGUCGGCGGCUGUGAUCACAAAGUCGGCCAGGAGGAUGAGUGGGACGAGCGAUACAGAGAACUCGAAACUUGGGCCCGAGAACGGUUCCCCAGCGCAGGCAGCGUGGACUACAAAUGGUCCGGCCAGAUCUUCGAGCCAAUCGACCACAUCGCGUUCAUUGGCAAGAGCGAGGGUAAUGACCGGAUCUACGUCAUUACAGGUGACUCCGGCAACGGGCUUACUCACGGCGUGCUGGCUGGAAGACUCCUCGCGGACGAGAUCCAGGGCAUCGACAACCCCUGGGCCAAGGUGUAUAGUCCCAAACGAGUCGCGUCCGUGGCGUCCGAGCUUCCCAGCAUGAUCGAGCACGACGUCCAGAUCAAUACACAAUACAAACGCCUCCUACAAUCGGACAUUCAAGACGUCGAAGAUCUCGGCAUCGACCAAGGAGGUGUCUUAAACUCGACCACAACCUCCCACCCGCUGGCUGUCUACAAGGACAAAAAUGGCAAGGUACACCGUAUGAGUGCGGUCUGCCCGCAUCUGAAGGGCAUCGUGUGCUGGAACAACGACGAGAAGACCUGGGACUGUCCCGUGCACGGCAGCCGGUUCAGUCCGGAGGGCCUCCAGAUCAUGGGCCCCGCGAAAGGGGGCUUGCAGCCGUUUGACGACAGUGCAAAGGCGAGGCAGGAGAUUGCUGCCGAAUCUUGA